GACCGUCCAUCGCAUUAGUGGUUUCCGUGGCUUCUCAGUGAAUUCAAAAUUCAAUCCCUACGCCGUUUGCUGUGCACCCUGACAUCGUACAAAAUGUCCAGCCCGAAAGCUGAUAUCGCCCUGAUCGGUCUAGCCGUGAUGGGACAAAAUUUGAUCCUCAACAUGGAUUCUAAAGGAUUCGUCGUUUGCGCCUACAACCGCACCGUCGACAAGGUAACCCAUUUUCUGGAUAACGAAGCCAAAGGUACCAACAUCAUUGGGGCCACCUCGCUGCAGGAUAUGGUGAACAAAUUGAAGAAACCCCGCAAGAUUAUGCUGCUAGUUAAAGCCGGCAGCGCGGUGGACGAUUUCAUUAAUCAGCUGCUCCCACUGAUCGAGAAGGGUGAUGUGAUCAUUGAUGGAGGUAACUCGGAACAUCAGGAUUCGGCUCGGCGGUAUGAAGAACUCAAGGCAAAGGGCAUCCUGUACGUUGGAUCGGGAGUAAGUGGUGGUGAGGAGGGAGCCCGGUAUGGACCGUCCCUGAUGCCUGGUGGCCAUCCCGAAGCGUGGCCGCUGAUUAAAGACAUUUUCCAGGCCAUCUGCGCCAAAUCGAAUGGUGACCCAUGCUGCGAAUGGGUAGGCGAAGGAGGUGCUGGUCAUUUCGUGAAGAUGGUGCACAACGGCAUCGAGUAUGGUGACAUGCAGCUUAUUUGCGAAGCGUACCAUCUGAUGCUGGCCCUGGGCAUGACGCAGAAGGAGAUGGCUCAGGAGUUUGAUGAAUGGAACAAAGGUGUGCUUGAUUCGUUCUUGAUCGAGAUCACGCGCGACAUUCUCAAUUAUCGCGACGACGAGGGAUACCUGCUGGAGCGAAUUCGCGACACUGCUGGUCAGAAGGGCACAGGAAAAUGGACGGCAAUUGCAGCCCUCCACCACGGUGUCCCAGUGACGCUGAUCGGAGAGGCCGUUUUUUCACGAUGCCUGUCGGCGUUGAAAGACGAGCGUGCCCGUGCCAGCAAACAGCUCGCUGGACCGCAAACGAAGGCAUCCGUUGCCGAUCGCAAACAGUUCCUCACGCACAUUCGCAACGCGUUGUAUUGCGCAAAGAUUGUGUCUUAUGCGCAAGGAUUCAUGCUGCUACGCGAGGCGGCCAACGAGUACAAGUGGAAUUUGAACUACGGUGGUAUUGCGCUGAUGUGGCGCGGUGGAUGCAUUAUUCGCAGCGUGUUCCUUGGCAACAUCCGUGAUGCAUUUGUGCGUAAUCCGCAGCUGUCGAACCUGCUGCUGGACGAUUUCUUUAAGAAGGCUAUGAUGGAUAAUCAGCAGUCGUGGCGCGAGGUUGUCAGCCAAGCUGUGCUUUGGGGUGUUCCGGUACCGGCUCUCUCAGCGGCUCUAGCGUUCUUUGAUGGUUAUCGGUCGGAACGGCUGCCGGCAAAUCUGCUCCAGGCUCAGCGAGAUUAUUUCGGUGCGCACACUUACGAGCUGCUCGGCAAGGAAGGCAAAUUUGUCCACACCAACUGGACCGGUAAAGGUGGCAAUGUUUCUGCUAGUACCUACCUAGCUUAAAGGAUCGUUUUUUGAGCGGUUGCUGUUUUCGUGGUGAUCCUUUAAGAGCAAAACACACUCGAUACAAUCAUCAUUCAGAAUCAUCUCCCCGGAUAAUUAUGUUUGGCACUGUUCUUCAUAAGAAAAACGAUAAGGCAGUUAUUUAUUGUUUAUUCUGUUGUUCUGUUCGCUUUGUAAUAAAACAAAAUCGUGUUAAUU